GAUUGUUUGAAGAUCAAGACCAACACAUAAGAAAAAGAAAUUCAACUCAGACAUUCAUUCAAACUAGGAAAGCACUUGUAUAGGUUUUCUUCUUUUAUUACCAUUACCAUAGUAAACAAGGCAGUUUUCUCCGUCUGUGUGAUCAAGAAUGUGAGAUAUUUCACAAAUUUUAAUGAGUGGCAGUGGCGGUGGUUACUGGUUUAAUCAUCAAGAGCUCUCUUUUUUUUAUGCGGGGAGUGGGUAUAAGUGCAGCAUAUUUCCUAAUAAGAUUUCCUUUUCACUUCUUCUUUCAAACAACGCAUUGUCUUCUCUCUCCAAAGCAUUUACUCUCCUGAUCUUGUUUUCCCACUUUCUCUCUCCAUAUUUAUUGUUUUUCUUGAAUGCUCUCUGAAACUGUGCAUUAUUACAACUGCCCUCAAGUUUGAACGAUAAUAAGGGGACUGAAAAUUCAAAAAAAUUUCAAGAAAAAAGAACUCUUUUUUCUUGGAGGGUUGUUCACAGUAGUACAGGAGUUCUUAAAGGCAGCAGACAAUCUGAAAAUGGGUGUUUCUUGGAUUUGUAGAAGAAACUGUAAGGAGGUGUAGUAGUUCGUUCUCUGCUUGUGUUUUGCCUCAACUUUUGUAAACAUAUAAGAUGGAAAGGGCUGGAAAUGAUGCUAAUGUUGAGCCAGCUAAGGGUAGUGAGAAUCCUGUAAACUUUCAUGAACCUAAUAUGUCUUCAGACUGGCAUGUACAUGGAAAUAAGAUAACAACUGUAUCCAUUGGAUUGGUCACAAUGUGCAAUUCAAUGGCGGAGCCCUCAGCCUGUGCCUCUGCCCCUAUGAUAGAUUCGUUUGGCCCUCCCAUUUGGGACCAGCCUAUUAAUGGACAGAAUUCAGGCUAUUGUAAUAUGAAUGUUCAGAAUGUUGCUAGCACUUCGAGUAGCCUUGGUGCUGUAAAAGCUGGUAUGGGUUGGACGCCAAAUGCCAUGUUAAGUGAGGGUAUGAUUCUACCAACUGUUCCUGGGGGAGUUCCUCAGAGCUUGCCUCACUUUCCAGCUGAUUCAGCUUUUAUAGAGCGAGCAGCCAGAUUUUCGUGCUUCAAUGGAGGGAAUUUUAGUGAAGUUGUGAACCAUUUUCCGGCUCCUCACCCUCUCAAUCCUCAUUCUUGGGGAUUGCGGCCAAUGCGAGGGCCAGAUGAGGUUCUUGGAGGUAAUGGAUCAAAGGCACUGCUUGGGAUGCAAUCACAGCGUCAUCAAUUGCACAUGGCUGAAGUUUCCAAUGAGGCUUUGAUAUCUGGAGAGCGUCAGACUGAAGGGAGUCCAUUCAAGAAUGAGAAGAAAAGUGAAAGUUUUAUGGCGUCUCAUGAAGAAGCGAAAAACGGCAUUGAUGUCUUUGGUAAUCAGUGUGAUGAGGCUGAAUUUAGUGGAGGUGGUGCUCAAGAGGAGUUGGAUCAGGAGUCUUCUGGUAAAGGGCUUGACUUGAAAAAGAGGAAGAGAACUGAACAGAAAACUGAAAAUAAUGAAGCCCCACAACCAUCUAUUGAAACAGCUGCUGAAAUUAGACAAAAGGGUGAUCAAAACCCAGCGUCAACCAGUAACCCUGGGGCCAAGCAUGGUAAGCAGGCAUCGCAAGGGUCUGACCCGCCCAAGGAAGAAUACAUACACGUUAGAGCACGCAGAGGCCAGGCAACUAACAGCCACAGUCUUGCUGAAAGGGUAAGGAGAGAGAAGAUUAGUGAAAGGAUGAAAUUCCUUCAGGAUCUUGUCCCUGGUUGCAGCAAGGUCACUGGUAAAGCUGUUAUGUUGGACGAGAUCAUCAAUUAUGUGCAAUCCCUACAACGUCAGGUCGAGUUCCUAUCAAUGAAGCUUGCAACCGUGAAUCCACGGAUGGACUUAAAUAUGGAAGGAUUACUAGCUAAAGAUGUCCUACAACCUAGAGCUGGUCUCUUAUCUUCGCUGGUUUUUCCACCGGAUAUGCCUAUGCCUUUUCCUCCACUGCACCCUCCGCAACCUGGACUAGUCCAGGGUGGUCUUCCUGGAAACUCUUCAGACACACUCCAAUCAACUCCUGCCGGCGGGGGGUUUAGAGAUCCGACCUCUCAACAUAUGCAGGCAUCUCGUCUGUGGGAGGACGAACUUCAUAACGUCGUUCACAGUGGUUUCAACUCCAGUCCUCCUCCUAAUGGCCAAGAAACAACAGUGUUUCUUUUGCAGUUUCCUUACCACUAGGUCACACGAAAGCUGAACCAUAAAUGUUCGUCGUAGUUUUAACUUUGUUCUUCCGCCUCGCCAGAAGAUCAUAUUCAUGGGGAUAACAAUGCACUUCAAUAUUUGCCUUUAUUAUGAGGCUGACAAAGACGGGAAUACACCUAGUCCUUAUCCGGGGCCUUAUCCCUUCCUGAGAAGUCACCAUUUGCCAUUCUGGUGUUGGAGUUUGGAGGGGCCAAGGCGUAGUAAUGAACCAUGACUGCUACAAUUUGCCAUAUCCUAUGACAUGCACCCUGGAAUCACAUGCCAUGCUCAAUGAAUUUGAAGCUAAUAGUUCUUUAUCAGAGAUAAGUAGCUGCAGUUGACGGAAGAAAUGAAGGGUUCAUGCAAAUUAUACCAUGGAGAAGCAGAGGAACAAGAUUAAACCAUCUGAUCAACUGCUUCUUCUAGGACUCUUGAAGUAUUCUUGGUUAAUAAUUUAUCUUUUUAACCCAAGGCAAUGUAAAGCAAAUUGGGCUUACCGAAUUCAAAGGUAUAUGAAGGUCCACUAGUUCUAUUUACUACUGAUUCACUCCA